GCUGCCGGGAGGGACGAGAGGGACCGAGGGGACUGAGGGGAACUGAGGGGACUGAGGGGAACUGAGGAGGAACCGCCGCCGCCAUGCACGUCGUGAAGCGAGAUGGGCGCCAGGAGCGGGUCAUGUUCGACAAGAUCACGUCGCGCAUCCAGAAGCUCUGCUACGGCCUCAACGCCGACUUCGUGGAUCCCGCCCAGAUCACCAUGAAGGUGAUCCAGGGGCUGUACAGCGGGGUCACCACGGUGGAGCUGGACACUCUGGCCGCAGAGACCGCGGCCACGCUGACCACCAAGCACCCCGACUACGCCAUCCUGGCCGCCCGCAUCGCCGUCUCCAACCUGCACAAGGAGACCAAGAAAGUCUUCAGUGAUGUGAUGGAAGAUCUCUACACCUACAUCAACCCUCACAACGGGAAGCACUCCCCAAUGAUCUCCAAGGAGACUCUAGACAUAGUUCUGGCCAACAAAGAUCGCCUGAACUCUGCCAUCAUCUACGACAGAGACUUCUCCUACAACUACUUUGGCUUCAAGACUCUGGAACGCUCCUACUUGCUGAAAAUCAACUCCAAAGUUGCUGAACGCCCCCAGCACAUGCUGAUGAGGGUGUCUGUGGGCAUCCACAAGGCCGACAUCGACGCUGCCAUCGAGACCUACAACCUGCUCUCGGAGCGCUGGUUCACCCACGCCUCGCCCACGCUCUUCAACGCGGGCACCAACCGCCCCCAGCUCUCCAGCUGCUUCCUGCUGUGCAUGAAGGACGACAGCAUCGAAGGCAUCUACGACACCCUGAAGCAGUGUGCCCUGAUCUCCAAGUCUGCUGGGGGCAUUGGCCUGGCCGUGAGCUGCAUCCGUGCCACGGGCAGCUACAUUGCUGGGACAAACGGGAAUUCCAACGGGCUCGUUCCCAUGCUGAGGGUGUACAACAACACCGCCCGCUAUGUGGAUCAAGGUGGAAACAAGAGACCUGGAGCUUUUGCCAUCUACCUGGAGCCGUGGCACUUGGACAUCUUUGAGUUCCUGGACUUGAAGAAGAACACUGGGAAAGAAGAGCAGCGAGCCAGGGACCUGUUCUUUGCGCUCUGGAUCCCUGAUCUCUUCAUGAAGCGAGUGGAAACCAAUCAGGACUGGUCCUUAAUGUGCCCGAAUGAGUGUCCUGGCCUGGAUGACGUCUGGGGAGAGGAAUUUGAGAAGCUCUAUGAGAGCUACGAGCGGCAGGGCCGCGUGCGCAGGGUGGUGAAGGCCCAGCAGCUCUGGUACGCCAUCAUCGAGUCCCAGACCGAGACUGGCACCCCCUACAUGCUCUACAAGGACUCCUGCAACAGGAAGAGCAACCAGCAGAACCUGGGCACCAUCAAGUGCAGCAACCUGUGCACCGAGAUCGUGGAGUACACCAGCAAGGAGGAGGUGGCCGUGUGUAACCUGGCCUCCAUCGCCCUGAACAUGUACGUGACCCCCGAGCACACCUACGACUUCAAGAAACUGGCUGAGGUCACCAAGGUCAUCGUCCGAAACCUCAACAAAAUCAUUGAUAUCAACUACUACCCUGUGCCAGAGGCCGAGCGCUCCAACCGCCGGCACCGCCCCAUCGGCAUCGGCGUGCAGGGCCUGGCUGACGCCUUCAUCCUCAUGAGGUUCCCCUUCGAGAGCGCCGAGGCUCAGCGCCUCAACCAGCACAUCUUCGAGACCAUUUACUACGGGGCCCUGGAGGCCAGCUGUGAGCUGGCCAGGGAGCACGGCCCCUAUGACACCUACGAGGGCUCUCCGGUCAGCAAGGGGAUCCUGCAGUAUGACAUGUGGAAUGUCACCCCCUCUGACCUUUGGGACUGGAAGGCUUUGAAGGAGAAGAUUGCCAAGUACGGUGUCAGGAACAGCCUCCUCAUUUCCCCCAUGCCAACAGCCUCCACUGCCCAGAUCCUGGGCAACAACGAGUCCAUGGAGCCCUACACCAGCAACAUCUACACACGCAGGGUGCUCUCAGGGGAGUUCCAGGUUGUGAAUCCCCACCUGCUGAAGGAUCUCACGGAGAGGGGCCUGUGGAACGAGGAGAUGAAGAACCAGAUCAUCGCCCACAACGGCUCCAUCCAGGUACAGGGGGAGCAGGGCAGGGACUCCUGCCAGGCAGGCUCCCCCUGCCCCCAGGGCCUGAAGACUGGCAUGUACUACCUGCGCACCAAGCCAGCUGCCAACCCCAUCCAGUUCACCCUCAACAAGGAGAAGCUGCGGGAGCGCGAGAAGGCGUCCAGGGAGGAGGAGGAGAAGGAGAGGAACAAGGCAGCCAUGGUGUGCUCCCUGGAGAACAGGGAGGAGUGCCUGAUGUGUGGCUCCUAAGCCAUUCCAGAGCCGCUCCACCUGCCUGGGGCUGCUGUGCUGGGAGCAGUGGGAGUGACGAGAGGAUGCCGAGGGCUGGGGCUGGGAGGGGGUAGGGCAGCUUCCCCAUCCGCAGGGGUGGGGCACAGGGAUGGGUGAGCAUCGCUUUAGCAGCUGGGCUUCCCAGGGAUUUCAGUGCUCUGGCCUUCCACGGAGCCCUGCGGGGCCGGGGAGGUGCUGGUGCUGCUCACGGGUCUGUCCUGGGCACGCCAGGCUGAGCCUUGCGCUCUCCCGGGGCUGCUCCUCGUGGGAGCACGGCUGGGAACCCCCCGGGCAGGUGUGUGCAGUGUCUGCCAGGCCACAGGAGCAGCUGGGGACACUGCUGCGGUGUCCCCACCCUGCCACAGCCUCCUCCCAGCGCUGCUCCCUCUCUGGGCCCCUGCUCUGCCCUUUCCAGACAGCCUUUGGAGGGAGCAGACGGGUGGAGGGGGGUUCCUCCUGGCACUGCCUGCCUCCUCCACCCAGGCUGGGAAAGGCAGAGCUGCUGCCCUGCAUUUUAUUCUGCAUUAAAUUCACUGAUUUAGUCUAACUGUGCUCAGGCAGUUUCCUGGCAGGGGCCAGUGCUGUCCUUGGCCACGGCUCAGGUGCCGUCCCGUGAGGGCCACAUGCCACUGGUGAAGGUCACCUGCCAUCUCUUUUCAGGGAGCUGUUUCUCCACCCAGCUAGUUCUUAGAUCUUUUAAACCCCUUAUCAAUGUCCUGCUCCUGCCCUCGCUCCCUGCUCCAGCUCAGUGGGCUUCAGGCAGUUCUGCAGUAUUUAUUGACCCCCAAUCCAAACUCAAUAAAAGCUGGAAUGUGGCAGGA